UCAAGUUUUUUUAUCAAUUCAACCAUCCAUUUUCUGAUGUCUGGACAGUUUUGUUCUAUGGAGUAUGGACCAUUUAAAAGAAACUUCAAACUCUUGAAUUUUAAACCUCUCACGAGGGAGGGUAUUCAGGUAAAUUACUCUGCAACACGUUCUUUUGGCUCCACCGAUCUCUUUUUAGACGCUGAGGCCAAUAAGAUUUCAAUUCUCCAUCGUCCUUGAGUUCGUGUCCUCACCGACUCACUCCUAAAUUUGAGAAAGAGAAGUUAAAAAGUGUGAGAGAAGAGGCAAAAAUGGCCAAUCUUGGAAGUCUUAGUCAUCAUUUCUUCUGGGCUAUUAAGUUUUUUUUGUUAGUGCAAACCAAAGUCCUAUGCUAUCAGUACAAGGUUGGAGAUUUAGAUGCUUGGGGUAUUCCCACAUCAGCAAACCCGCAGGUAUACGCUAAAUGGUCCAAGUACCACUCCUUCAAGAUUGGAGACUCUCUCUUGUUCUUAUACCCACCAAGUCAAGAUUCAGUUAUUCAAGUCACAGAACAAUCCUACAACUCUUGUAACCUCAAAGAUCCAAUCCUGUACACGAACAAUGGCAACUCUCUCUUUAACAUCACUAAACCUGGGGAGUAUUUCUUCACCAGUGGGGAACCUGGUCACUGUGAAAAGAAACAGAAGCUAUACAUUGCUGUGCUUUCAGGGAAUGGCUCUGCAUAUUCUCCUUCUUAUGGUCCGAGUGCAUUGCCUGAAACCGCAUCUUCACCGUCUUACCCCACUGUUUUCGGCACAAUCCCUCAACCGCCUUCUUCUUCGCCCUCCCUAGGAAUCCCACUCUUCAUUACAGCUGUUAUUGCAUCAGCCACAUGGGCAAUAAUCAAUGGCAUGAUGUGAAGGCCAUGGUUACUUGUGUCAAAUUUUCUAACCCAACUGGAAAAUAUUUUUGUAUAUUUUUCCGUUUGACAUUUAUUUAUUUAUUUUUCAUUCAAAUGCUGGUUUUAGAGUCUUGUUUAUUGGUUCAUAUUAUAAUUCCUCGGAUUUGUGAUUCUUAUAGGUGAUCAAACUUCAAAGAGAAUGAAUAGUGAAAUGGGGGAGUUGCAGAGUCUUGUAUAAUAGCUCUCUGUGUUUUAGUGUUUAACCUUUACGUGUAUUCAUUCAUAGACAGGAAAGAAUCUAUGAGCUUGAAAAGAAGAUAUCAGAACUCUUCUUUUGCUGUUUUCUAGGAAAAAGAAAGUAGGCAGAACCCACUUUAGCGGUUAAAAAAUCUUCUAGUCUUCAAUGUUCAACCGAAUAGGUCUGAGAGAUCACCGCCCGAAAUUAUGGUUUGUGAGUUGUAAUAUCGACAUAGCCUCCCAGUUCCAUUAUUUUAUGUUUUAAUUGCCAGCUGGUUAUGAUUCUUGCCAAUACUA